AUGGGCACCACAACCACCACCGACCCCACUCUUCACCUACCCCGCGUCCUCUGCCUGCAUGGUGGCGGUGUGACGGGCGAAAUCUUCCGCCUCCAGGCGCGCGGCCUGGUGUUCCACCUCUCGACGUCCUUCCGCCUCGUCUUCGCCGACGCGCCGUUCUUCUGCGACGCGGGCCCCGGAAUCAUCCCUGUCUAUGCGGGCAUGGGCCCGUACCGGCGCUGGCUGCGCUGGCUUCCCCACCACCAGGCUGUCGACGCCGACACCGCCGUCGAGGAGAUCCGCUACCACGUCGAGAGCGCCAUGGACGAGGACGACCGCCAGGGCGCCACGGGCGAGUGGGUCGGCUUCAUGGGCUUCAGCCAGGGCGCCAAGGUCAGCGCCAGCCUGCUGUUUGAGCACCAGCGCCGCCGCCGCUGCCUGCAGGAGGAGGGCCGGCCCGUGAGGGGCUACGAGGGCGACAACGUGGAGACGAAGCUGUGGGGCCAGGACUGGCGUUUCGCCGUGCUCAUGGCCGGCCGCUCGCCCCUGGUCGCGUUCAGUCCCGAUGCCGAGUCCUUUCCGUUUCAGACCGCUGGCGAUGCCGACUCUGGCGAGGAUAGAGGCCCGGUCCAGGAUGAGGCGCUGCUGAAGCUGCCGACCUUUCACGUCCACGGACUGAAAGACGUGGGCAUACAUCUCCACCGCCAAUUGCUGAACCAAUACUGCUCCAAGGACUCGGUGGAACUCAUGGAGUGGGAUGGCGAUCACAGAGUGCCGGUGAAAACAUCAGACGUGCAGGUUUUCGUGGACAAGAUGCUCUUGACUGCGAGAAAGGCUGGGGUUGAGCCGGGAGUUGGUAAGAAGACAUGA